AUGCUUGGCAGUAUCUAUCUAUCUAUCUAUCUAUCUAUCUAUCUAUCUAUCUAUCUAUCUAUCUCAGUCUGUUCAUAUCUAUCUAUGUAUCUAUCUCACUCUGUUCAUAUCUAUCUAUCUAUCUAUCUAUCUAUCUAUCUAUCUAUCUCAGUCUGUUCAUAUCUAUCUAUGUAUCCAUCUAUCUCACUCUGUUCAUAUCUAUCUAUCUAUCUAUCUAUCUAUCUAUCUAUCUAUCUAAAACAACUAUUCCUUUUGCAUUCACUUUUUUUCUUUCUGCUUUCUUUCUUUUUUUCUUUCAUUUUAGGGAUUCCAUUUACAUUCUUUCUUUAUUUCUUUGUGGAUAGACUUUUUGCAUGCUUUCUUUUUUCUUUCUUUCUUUUUAAGUAUUCAUUUUGCAUUCUUUUUUCUUUCUUUCAUUAUUUUCAUUUUGCAUUCUUUCUUUAUCUCUUUCUUUCUUUCUUUUUAGUCAUUUUUGCAUUCUUUCUUUUUUCUUUUCUCUUUCUUUUUUUUCUUUUUUUAGUCAUUUUGCAUUCUUUUUCUUUAUCUCUUUCUUUCUUUCAUUUUUCAUUUUUCUUUAGUCAUUUUGCAUUCUUUUUUUUAUCUUUUUUUUUUUUCUUUCUUUCUUUCUUUUUUUUAGGUAGUCAUUUUGCAUUCUUUCUUUAUCUCUUUCUUUCUUUCUUUCUUUUUUUAGGUAGUCAUUUUUGCAUUCUUUCUUUUCUCUUUCUUUCUUUCUUUUUUUUAGGUAGUCAUUUUUGCAUUUCUUUUUCUUUAUCUCUUUCUUUCUUUCUUUUUAGUCAUUUUGCAUUCUUUCUUUAUCUCUUUCUUUCUUUCUUUUUAGGUAGUCAUUUUCAUUCUUUCUUUUCUCUUUCUUUCUUUCUUUUUUUAGUAGUCAUUUUGCAUUCUUUCUUUAUCUCUUUCUUUCUUUCUUUCUUUUUAGGUAGUCAUUUUGCAUUCUUUCUUUAUCUCUUUCUUUCUUUCUUUUUAGGUAGUCAUUUUGCAUUCUUUCUUUAUCUCUUUCUUUCUUUCUUUUUAGUAUUCCUUUUACAUUCUUUCUUUUUUUCGUCCAUUUUUGGGAUUUCAUUUUGCAUUCUUUCUUUUUCUCUCUCUUUCUUUCUUUGUGGGUAUUACUUUUGCAUUCUUUCUUUUUUCUUUCUAUCUUUUUAUGUAUUCAUUUUGCAUUCUUUCUUUCUUUCUUUCUUUUCAUUUUCUUUCUUUCUUUUUAGCUAUUCCUUUUGCAAUCUUUCUUCUUUUUUUUCUUUCUUUUUAUGCAUUCAUUUUGCUUCCUUUAUUCCACCUUUCUUUGUAAAUAUCAAUUUUGGAUACUUUCUUUCUUUCUUUCUUUCUUUCUUUCUUUCUUUCUCAUUACUUCUACUCUCUUUUUUUAUUGUAUGCUUUCUUUCCCUCGACUCUUCCGAUUUUUUCGUCAGUUUAUUAUUCUUUCUCUCUCUCUUUUUCUGUAUAUUACACAUCUUUCUCAAAUUCCUGAUGUCAUUUCUUGCUACUUCUCCCUCCUUCCUUCCUUCUUUCCUUUCUUCCUUCCUUUCUUUCUUCCAUAUCCCCCUCCCUCCAACCACCUGUGAAUCCACUUACCAACAACAGAUGUGUUCACUUUUCGGGAAACCCUUUCUCUGGAUCAAAUUGCUAAUAUCCCAUCAACAUUUUUGGCACUGUCGACAAUCUUAG